AGAGUCAUUAGUGCUAGCUGAUGAAAUGUUUAAAAAACAGUUAUAACCUCCCUAAAUAGGGCGUGUUUAUUUACAUUGUUGGGGGUAUUUUCAGACGGAAUGUAUAGACAGUUAUGACAGAUGUUGCUGAUUGGGCGGCCAGCCUCCGGUGUGACUUCAGGUCAUUUCCCCGUACACCUGCAGUUUCCAUUUCAACCAGAACAAGCCUACAUAUUUCUACAGUGCACAGAACAAGUUCUCACGAUUUACUGAUGAAAGAAUAUUUAGAAUCCUACUGCACGGGCUUCAUCAGAGGGGAAGAGUAAGCUGAUAUGAAUGUUUAGCAGAGUUUCUGUGUACCAUUAUACUGCAUGGAUGGGAAACAUGUGACAGCCUGGCUGGUGAACUGGUGAGUGUGGGGUCACGACCCGGCCAAUUUAUGUCGUGUUGGUAAAUAUUGGACAAAGCUUGAUAAGGAGAUUCUGACACUGUGACACAGGGUGGCGUACUCUUGUGUAUGGUCAGAUUGUCAAGUGGUCUGGGGCUAUUUUCACAACAAAGGCUUACCCUGGGAACACUAAGUGGAAUGGAGCUAGCUGAUUGGUUGAAUGUGUGGGCUUGCCUGAUCUCCUGAUACUCUGAUCGUGGGCAGCAUAGCGCACAUUGGGGAUUGAGGAUAUAAACACAAAUACAGGUUGGUGACAUGAGAGAAGGGAACCAGGAUGGGGAAGCCCAUGCCACGCGUACUGGUCCUCCUAUUUCUGUUGUCCGUGUUAACGAUGGUCGUCAUCACUAGAUGGGGUCUCGUCAUGGACAACAUCUCGACAACAGUCCCCCAGCAAACCCGCCACACCCGAGAAUUAUUCCAGGCCGCCAUCGAGGAAUCAGAGAAGAGACAUCAGAACAGGAUUGAGGAACUUCAAAGUAGAAUCAGAGACCUGGAGGGGAUUCUCGAUUCCCAGAGGUUACAGCGGGAAAAUGUAACGGCCAGCGUGAAUGAGUCCGAGAGUCAAAGUAGUCAAGUACACAAGUACCUCAGUGAGAAACUUCAGGCAGCUGAAAUCCUUCAUGGAGUGGAAAUGAAAAAUGAAUUUGAGAUGACGGCAUUCAACAGAUUUACACUGAACAGGAUUUAUCUGGUGGACCCAGGGCUGGGGAAGAGAGUAGUGGAGAAACCGAUAGGUUCAAAGAGGAGGGACUUGUACGACGUCAUCUCUUAUAGUGUCAGCAUACUGAAUGAACAACGCAAAAACAUGUCCAAAAUUUUUACUGCUAGUGAUUUUAUAGAAGGAAUAUACAGGACAGACCCUGCUUCUGGGACGCACUAUGAACUUUAUUUCAGAAAUAUCAAUUCUAAGGAAUCGGGGAGAUACUCAAAAGUUGCUAUUCUUAAACCGUUUGGUCCAUUAAUGACUGCCAUCAACACCACAGUCAGAACCAGGGAAACCUGGAUAAAUAUCAUACUCCCUUUAAAGGGAAGGUUGGAUUCUCUGGAAAUAUUUAUGAAAAACUUUGUAGAUGUUUGCAUUGCAAUUGACAAGCAUAUUUACUUAACUAUUGUUUACUUUGGGAAGGAGGGGCUGGACACUGUGAAAAAUAUAACUAAAACCGUCAGUCACACCCAUGGAUAUAAGUUCAUGAGAGUCAUCAACGUGAAUGAAGAAUUUUCGCGGGGAAGGGGCCUUCAGAUUGGAAUAGAAACCUGGAGGAGUAAGGAUGUUGUUAUAUUCAUGUGUGAUGUAGAUAUCAUAUUUAAUGCUGAAUUCUUAGAAAGGUGUCGACUUAAUACCGAGAAACAGAAGAAAGUUUACUAUCCUAUUGUUUUCAGUUUAUUUAAUCCAAAAUUGGUUUAUUCUCUAGAAAACAGAACAAUUCCGUCCAUCAAAAGACAAUUAGUGAUCUCCAAGACGACGGGGUUUUGGAGGGACUUUGGUUACGGAAUGACAUGCCAGUACCUCUCAGAUUUCCAGGCCGUGAAGGGGUUCAGUGAGGGGAUAAUAGGCUGGGGUGGGGAGGAUGUGUUUUUAUACAAAAAGUACGUCCGCAGCAACAUGAUAGUGGUCAGAGCCACAGAUCCAGGGAUAUUUCACUUGUGGCAUGACAAGGUGUGUCCGGUCACUUUGUCUGCGGACCAGUACAGGGGUUGUAUCCGGUCCAAGUCCCUUAGUGAGGCCUCUCACGCACAGCUCGGUAUUCUCGCCUUCAAGGACCAGAUAGACAUUCAAAAACUCCAAAAGAAAAAGUAGUCUUCCUUCUAUUAUGUCCUCUCUAAUCUUUUACUUUGCUGUAUUAUCAUAUUUGGGUAAAAUUUGAGAGUUUCUUUACAAAAAUGCCACAAUUAAGGUAGAUUAUUAUUAAAUUCCCAUGUAUUUAGGACAUUUUUAUGAUUUUCAAGGAGAUUUAACACCUGGUAUCAUGAUAUUCCAGCUAGGGCAGCUACUUAAAGAAGUUAUAGGCCUAAUUGUCCUUGCUAUACUUAUAAGUGCAUUGAAUAGAGAUAUCUAGGAAUUAUAAUUUAUAAACCAUAUUUAUCUUGAGGUACUACUCGCCCUCAAAUUUUGAGUACUCUGAGUAAAUAUUUUCCUCCAUAUGCUCAGACAAUCAGGGAGAAGAUAUGUAUAGAAUAUAUAUAUAACACUUAUUCUUCAAUCUUUAAAUGUUCACUGAAAAUAACCAUUAGACAAAUCUACCAAAAAAGACCAUAAGAAAAUUAAAGUCUUCUACAUUGUAUUUGAAAAAAAGGGGGGGGGGGGUUAUAGUUCUUUGUUUUAAUUUGGUGCUAAUAUGUUUCUUAAUUCAUUUUUAUAUAUCUAUAAUAGUAUACAGACUUAAUAAGGAAUUGAACUGUUUUCAUUUUGCACUAUUUUCAGUCCCUUCUCUCUGUAUGACAGUGUAUGAUUGUGUUCAGAUAGAGAAAUUCUAGUCUUAUUUUAACAUUAUAACUUUUAUACAUUCAGAGGUUGUAUUACCUGGCAGCACUUGUUUU